CAAAGAACAUGAUAUUGUGGGUGUGCUCGGGCACUUUAAGUUUAACCUUUUAAAUUAAUUGUGUUCUAUCAUAGUUUGCCAAGUUUUCAUCCGCGUAGAUCUGAUAUGCCCGCAAGAGCGUCCAGUUCAGAUGUCGACACAAAUCGUUUCAGUUUCGCUUGGAGUUACCGAAAAACAAAGCCGGUGUUUUCACACUCACUAGCUCAUCAGCUCCAUGUUUUCUUUGGUAAAGUAUGGUAUCAUAUUUGUAGGGGUGAAGAAUCUCUUUACCCCUAGUUUGAGGGUAUUGAUGAACGUGCCGUCGAAAAGGAACAAAAUUCCAGACAGAUGGACAGAUUAUAAAGCUUUGGGAAGGAGGAUCCCCGGUACACGAUUCGUUGCAUUUAAGGUCCCCCUUAAACAGUCAUUCAGGAAACGGCUGCCUUCCUUGGAGGCCUUUGGUCCCUUUGACCUGGUACGAUUACUGAGGGAAGAGAAGGAGGAACUGGGCCUCAUCAUUGACCUUACAUUCACCACACGCUACUAUAAGCCCACGGAUUUGCCAGACAGUCUGUACUAUCUGAAGAUCUUCACUGCUGGACAUGAUGUGCCAAGUGACCCCACUAUCCUGAGAUUUAAAAAGGCAGUCAACAGAUUUCUGCGGGAAAAUAACAACAAUGACAAACUAAUUGGAGUACAUUGCACACAUGGGUUGAAUCGUACUGGUUAUCUGGUGUGCAGGUAUCUCAUUGAUGUUGAAGGGAUGGUUCCAAGUGAAGCUAUCGCAUGUGAGUAUACUGUGUUAAACAAACAAACCAAAACAAAUAAUGGAAUAGUUGUUUACUCACAGGUUCAUGUGUUUGAUGUGGAGUCGACAAAAAAAGAUGACUCUUUACAAGGCACUGGCAUUUGUCCCUCACAAGUUUUGUGUUCAUUUCGUGCAUGCUCAGUGUUCAACAGGUCACGAGGUCACCCCAUAGAAAGAGAAAACUACCUUGUGGACUUGUGCUGUGGUCCAAAGAGAAGCAAUGAUGGCAUGGAGGAGCCAGACCAGGAACCCAUUCGGGGUAGUGUUAGCUGUAGGCAGGAGGACUCUCCUAUCCAAGGAUCCUCACCCUUAAGCGAGAAAGUGCCUUCCCAUGAACACAACAUGCCACUGAAUCAUAGGGGUAUGAAAGAAGAUCAAUAUUCUGCUGGCCCUGCUCAUCCACCUCCUCUUCCACCUUAUGAGAUCUGGCCUACGAGACCCUGUGCUCAGGAACAGGGCUGGAGCAGGACUGACAUUUGUUUCUGGUUUAAAAUGCUGAAAGAUUGAUUUCUCUCUAUGGUUUGUCUGAUUUGGUAUCUGGUCCUUAUAACUAACCAUUUAUUGAUGCUUUUAUUGAUGCUACUGUUUUAAUAUGUAAUGUCAUAAUUAAUGACAAAUAUAGGCUUUUUAUCAAGUGCAUUUGGAGAGUCAUUGAAUUUAUUUUCCAUAUAGCAGGUGUUCAGGAUGUGCCCAGUUUUGGCAGUAGCAUUAUUGCUGUUGUAUAGGAAAGUGAUUUGUCGGGCCAUUUAACAUGA